AUGCAUGCCUUGUCCAAACUUCUCUCCCCACUCCAUUCCAGCCUGUGGCAUCAGGAGCUGCUUUUCCUCCAUGACUUGGACUUUCCGGAGGGGCUGCAGGGGAGGAGUGUAGAGUUACAGCCCAGAAAGUCCUCCCUGUUUCCAUAUGCCUUCAGCCAACCCCUGGCUGCUUCCACCUCUCAUCGCCCACGUUCAUCGCUCCUGUUCUCGUCCCCUCUUUUCUGUUUCUGUCUCAGGCAACGACCCUUUUCUGCAGGCAUUCACCACCUACGGCAGCAGCCUGGAGCUGUGGGGAUGCCCGGAGCAGCUCCAGGACUCACCAUCCCGGUGGACAUCCCCGCCUUCCACUUCCAGGCCCGCCGGCUCAGCAUAGACUGGCGUCGCCUCGGUGCCAUCGACGUGGAGCGGGUGGCCCGGGAGGUGGACGUGGCUGCUCUCCAGCAGCACAUCACCAGUAUCACCUUCUGCAACCUGGACGGGGAGCGGUGCCCUCACUGCGGGCAGCCAGCCGACCCCAUCCUGCUGAAGGUGCUGAGGAUGGCCCAGCUGAGCAUCGAGUACCUGCUGCACUGCCAGGAGCGCCUGGGGACCAGCCUGGCCACGCAUGCCCAGCACCUGCGAGCUGCCCACGCCGAGCUGGCUUGCACCCAGCAGCAGGCGGCGGAGCAGGCGGCACAGCUCCAGGGGGCGAAGGAGGAGAACAGGGCAUGGAAGAAGCUGAUUGCCACACAGCAGCUCUUCCUGCGAGCUGGCCCCAGCGCCUACUGCAAGUGCCACCUCUGUGACAAAGCCUUCAUGAACUACUCCUUCCUGCAAGCCCAUGUGCAGCGCCGGCACACAGAGGCCACCAAGGCGGAGCGGCAGAAAGUGAAGCAGGUGGAGCAAAUGGAAGAAGAGGUGGAGGAGCUGAAGGCAAAACUGCAGGAGACGCAGCAGCAGCUGGAAGCAGAGAAGCUGCGCAGGGAGCAGGAAAUGGAGAGAGCUCGCCAGCAAGAAGAGGAGAGCAGGAGAGACUGGGAAAGGUGGAAAGAGGAGGAGAGGACAAAGCUGCGUGAAGAAAUAGAUGGCCUGAAGCAGCUCUUCCUGACAACAUUCAAGGAUGUGGCCAGCAGGAGCAGCGCCAUGGAGGCGAAACUGCAGGAGCUUCAGGCCAGAGAGACAGCAGAGUCCAACCUGGGGACCCUGCAGAAUGAUGAUGCUGAGGAAGCACAAUGGUGGGCAUCGAGCCAGGCAGAGCCACAGAGUGAGCGGGAGAGGAUGGCAGGGCAGAUUGAGCUGCUCUCUGCGAGCAAACCUGAAGUGACCCAGGAGGUGACCAAAGUGGUGACUGAUGAAGAGCCAUCAGACAGGGAGAAGGCUUCCCUGGGUGGGAAGCAGAGGCUGCUGGAAGCCCUACGGAGAAACCCAAACCUUCUGAAGCAGUUUCGCCCCAUCCUGGAGGAGAUGUUGGAGGAAAAGCUGGAGCACAUGGGUGUCAAGAGGGUUGUGAAGGGGAUCUCCACUCCUACCUACAAAAGCCUUCAGGCUCUGGUUAGCCUUGAGCAGCAACAGAAGGCUGAGAUGUUUCCCAGUCUCCUCCGCCUGAGGCGUGAGUUGGCCCGAGCAGUGACAGCGAAAAUCAAGCGAUAUAAGAAGCCCAGCAGUACCUUGCCUCGACAGCUCUCCAUCAUCCCAGCUCAAAGCCCAAAGAGCUCCAGGUCUUUUCGAGGGUCACAACCCACAGCAAUACCAGCAUCAGCAGAGCCUGAAGCCUUGGUAAUCCCCCAACCUGCUCCUUGUAGCAGAGCCCGCUCCACCCAGCACUCUCCAAGGACUCUCAAGGACACGCUGCGGCUCGACAAAGCCAGCAGUCCCCACCGAGGGCUGGUGCCACAGCAGAGUUCAGGAGUGGUGCUGGGAAGGAAGGAUCCUGCCACGUCCCCUGCGAAGCGAAGCUCUAGGCAGGAGUCAGCACUCACUGCAGUGAUGCCGGAAGAUGAGACGGACUCUGACAGGAUGGACCUGGACUCACCGGAGGAAACAGCUGGGUCAGGGACAGCCACAUCCACAGCACGGAGGCUUCUGGAGAGAUGCCAGGAUGCAGCGGCACGGAAACCUCCCAGCAAGGUGAAACGCUUCCAAGCCGUAAGCUCAGCAUUGCAAAAAACGAGCUAGGCCACCAAGAAACUCCAGGUACCUCACACAAAUGGCCACAGGGACAUUCUCUGACAAAAUUUCCAGGAAAAGGUCAUGUUAAAGCCUCUUCUCCACUUGUAUCCAUCAGCAGUGCUCCAAGGCACAGCCUGUGCCCAGGGAGACGGAACUCACGGCAGCAGAGACUUGGCCCUUGGCCCCAUCACCCUCUUCCAGGCAUCUGUCCUUCUCUUCUCUUUGUGUUUUUCCAUUCACCCUCUUUGGGGGGAAAAAAGAAAAAUCAGUUUUCAUGCAGUUGGGAGCAGAAUCCUAAGUGCCAGGGAAUCGAAUUGAGAAAAGGUCUCUGGAACAAAUCUAGAGAUAAUUGGAGCGAUGCAAUGGCAAAAUUAUUAAAUUAGUAAAACGGGACUUAAACAUAACCUCAAUUCGUGGGGGAGAGCUGAUGUAAUUGAAGUAGCGUCAGAAUCCAAUUGCUUUUUGAGAGAAAAAAAAUUUAUAAAGAUUUUACCCGAGGAAGGCCUGGCACAAACAUGGGGAAAAUUCUUUUUUAUUGCAGUGGAGAUGAAAUUCUAGGUCUUCAUCUGGCAAAGUGAAAAAAGGAACUUGUGAGCUAUGGAAACAGAGAAAGGGGCUCCCAUGUUGUGUCCAGAUGCAAAGGUGUUCGUCCCUCUUUGUUCUAAUUUUUGUAUCAGCCUGAUGGGCAAGAAAACAUAGAAUGGUUUGGGUUAGAAACCCCAAAGCCCAUCCAGUGCCACCCCUGCCAUGGGCAGGGACACCUCCCACUGGAUCAGGGGCUCCAAGCCCCAUCCAACCUGGCCUGGAACCCCUCCAGGGAUGGGGCAGCCACCACUGCUCUGGGCACCCUGGGCCAGGGCCUCCCCACCCUCACAGCAAAACAUUUCUCCCUAAGAUCUCAUCUCCAUCUCCCCUCUUUCACAUGGAAAACGUUCCCCUCAUCCCAUCGCUGCCCUCCCUGAUCCAGAGCCCCUCCCCAGCUUUCCUGGAGCCCCUUUCAGCCCUGGAAGCUGCUCUGAGGGUCUCCCCUGAGGCUUCUCCUCUCCAGGCUGAACAACCCCACCUCUCCCAUCGUGUCCUCGAACAGAGCUGCCCCAGCGCUCGGAUCAUCUCCGCGGCCUCCUCGGGGCUCUCUCCAGCCCCGUUCCUGCUGCUUUGCGGCGGGGCCGGUGCGGGGCUCUGACGGGCAGCGGCGGGUCCCGUGCCCGCGGCCGCUGGAUGGUGCCACAGCACCAGAAACGGGCGGCAGCCGCCCCGCAGCCUCGGGAGCGGCUCAGGGCCCGCGCUGCGCCCUCCGGAGAGGAGCGACUCCCGCUCCCCUCCACUCGUGCCCGGAGCGAAGUGCCCGAGGGUGCCGUGAGCUUUCCGAGCCUCGGCGGCUCCCCCGCACUCGGCCUCGGCCUCUCUGCGGUUGUCUGUGGCUUUUUUCCUAUUCUUUAAGCACUCCAAAAAAGCAGAGGCGGGGAGGGGAGAGAGCGGCUUUCCUUUGUGCUGUGUUUCUCUUCACUGGUGCUCCCGAGAGCAAUGGAAAAGGUCUCAUUUUCCUGCUCUGGGAAGAACCUUUCUUUCUUGAGUUGGUGAAACUCCAACCCAAAGGAUGAUUUUAAACAUAGCCGCAUAAGCCUGACUACUGCUCGCGCCUCUCUGUGUAAAUUUAAGUGUGUUUUCUUACUGCUUUCUGUAUUUUGUACAUUUAUGGUAACGCUUCUAUGAUCUUGAUCCCUCAAAAGUAGGAGAUUUUGGAAAAUGCAUUAGAAAAAAGUAGCAUUUCAUGUUUGCUCUUCUCUUUUCCAACCCUCUCCACCACUGGUUCAAACUUCUACUGUUCCCUAGCAUUGCGUAUGGAUUUUAAUGCCAGGGAGCAGAGAUCCCAGCCAGCGCUGAGUAGAACAGGGUGAGUUAAUUUAAUUUCACUGACCAGCAAAUGUUUCGUCUAGGUAAGCGUUCACAAACAGCAGGAACCCCUCAAAGACUGUCAGUCCAUACCUCCCAAUGGUGCACACUGCCCUGGGUGCUCGUACCCACCGCCACGAUGUGGCUCUGUAACUGAGCGCCUUGGAAAGGCGUGGGGUUUUUCCAUUUUAAUCAUCCAAGUCUAAGAACUACACUUGCCUUGUGUUAGUCAUUGCUUACAGUGCUCUGGCCGGAUGUGUUACUUCAUGCUUAAUUUAUCAGCUGGUGUUCUUUUUGGUGAGUAUCGAUCAUAGCAAACACUGCUGGCGAUUAAUUAAAUAACAGAGGGAUGUUUUCAGAGCACUGCGUUGGUAAUGGGAAAAAGAACUGAGCCCCUUUCAGGCUGGGAGAGUUGGGGUUGUUCAGCCUGGAGAGGAGAAGGCUGUGGGGAGACCUCAGAGCAGC